AUGGCCCCAGGCAGGAAGUUGUUGUAUUUUGUCUUUGUCUUUUUCUUCAUUUGGGCUCAAUUUCCAUCAGGCUGCCAGGCGGGACUAGAGUAUUCCGAGCCGUUCGCAGGAGGUGAGUUCGCUGCUUGCGAGACCUGCAGGCUGGGUCGGGGCAAGUGCAGGCGGAGGUGCCCGGAAGAGGAGAAGAUGGUGGGAAGUUGCAAGCUGAACUUCGUGUGCUGCCGGCGGAGGAUCUAG